AUGGCAGACACUGCUGCUCGCCCGGCACAGCCCGCGCCUUCAGCUCCCGCCAAAGAUGCGGCAAAUACAGUCCCGUCCAAAGCCGUGACAUUUGCCAUCUUCUUCGCCAGCCACAUCAUCGCCGCACUCUACCAUCCCAUCCAGGACUGCGACGAGGUCUUCAACUUCUGGGAACCCACUCACUACUUCAACCACGGCAAUGGCUUCCAAACCUGGGAGUAUUCUCCCGCCUACGCCAUCCGAUCCUGGGCCUACACCGGCCUACAUGCCCUCAUCAUCUUCCUCGCCAGUCCCCUGGCCGGCGUCUUCGGUGGCAAAGUUGCCGAGUUCUACCUUCUUCGCAUAUUCCUCGCCGCCGUCUGUGCCCUUGCCGAAACCCGCUUGUUCUCCAAAAUCGCAGCCAUCUUGAACCCCAGGAUUGCCAUUACCUUCCUCAUCGUCAUGACCACCUCUCCCGGCAUGUUCCACGCCAGCAUUGCCUAUCUGCCCUCCAGCUUCGCCAUGUACAUGGCCAUGUUCGGCGUCGCAGCCUUUAUGGACUGGCGCGGCGGUCUACGAACAGCCGAAGCCAUCGCCUAUUUUGGAGCUGGAACAGUCUUAGGCUGGCCUUUUGCUGCCGCCCUGAUUAUUCCCUUUCUGGCCGAAGAGGCUGCGAUUGCAUGGGUUGCGGAUGAGGAAGCUCAGUACGCAUUUCUCGACCGGGUGUGGAACGGGCUCAUUCGCGCAUCCAUGGUCCUCGCCACCCAGGCCGUCACCGACAACUUCUUCUACAAGCACCUUGAAGUCGUCCCCUUCAACAUCAUCCGCUACAACAUCUUCUCCGCCAAGGGUGGCCCGAAUCUCUACGGCACGGAAGCAUGGCAUUUCUAUCUGCGCAACUUGUUCCUCAACUUUCAUGUCUGGUUCCUCCUAGCGCUACUUGCGAUGCCCCUGAUGCUUCUCCAGCAAUCCCUCCGAGCCAAAGGAGCGACAAAGACGAGCCACUUGCGCGGUCUUGUCUUCCUUUCCCCCUUCUAUCUGUGGCUUGCCAUCUUUACUCUCCAGCCGCACAAGGAAGAGCGAUUCAUGUAUCCUGCUUACCCCCUCCUCGCUCUCAACGCCGCCGUGGCGCUGCACAUUAUCCUCGCCAAUUUCGGCUCGAGCGAUCCCAAGCACGCAAUCAGCAAGAUUCCAGUUCAACUCCGCCUCACCGCAAUACUUCUCUUCGUCGUUGCCAGCCUGGCAGUCUCCGCAUCGCGAACAAUCGGCACCAUUUCAGCAUACAACGCUCCACUCUCAAUCUACAAGCCCCUCCAUGACACCAACAUCGCCCGACCUGGCUCACUUGUCUGCCUCGGCAAGGAAUGGUACCGUUUCCCCUCCCAUUACCUCCUCCCCGACAACGUGCGCGCCAAACUCAUCAAAUCCUCCUUCUCCGGCCUCCUCCCCGGCGAAUUCCACGAAGCACAACCCGGCGCCGCCCUCGGCAUCUUCCCCGGCACCUUUAUGGAACCCUCCGGGAUGAACGACGAAAACCGCGAAGAUCCAAGCAAGUACACGGACAUCAAGCACUGCGACUUUGUCGUCGACCUGCGAUUACCCAGCACGCCGGCCACCACACAAGAGCCGGAUUUCAUCUCCGACCGGGAGACGUGGGAGCGCGUCAAGUGUCUGCCUUUUCUGGAUGCGGCGGGCACGAGCACGCUGGGCCGGCUGGGCUGGUUGCCUGAUUCGCCGCUUGUGCCGGAGCAGCAUCGGCGGGUGUGGGGAAAGUAUUGUCUUUUGAAGCGGAGGAGGGGGCAUGGGAAGGGGGAGAAGGGGGGGUUGCCGCAUAUUGAGGUGUUGAGUUAG